AUGGAGGCUGCGCAUGGAGAACACACGGAGAGCCGGGAGGAGGAGGAGGAGGGCCUGGGGGGCCUCACGGCGGAGGAGCUGCGGCAGGGCCAGGAGGCCGCCCUGGCGCUGGAGGCCCGAAUGGCGCUGAGCGCCCAGAGCCUGGUCCGGGCCGAGGUGGACGAGCUCUACGAGCACGUGCGUGCCCUGGGCCAGGGCCGCUUCGGCCGCGUCUGGCUGGUCACCCACCGGCAGGAAGGCACGGUGCUGGCCCUGAAGCAGCUCCCGAAGGCUUCCACCACCCUGCGAGGCUUCCUCUACGAGUUCUGCGUGGGCCUCUCCCUGGGCUCGCACGCGGCCAUCGUGGCAGCCUGCGGCGUCGGCCUGGAGUCGGCCGACUCCUACAGCUUCCUGACCGAGCCUGUGCUGCAUGGCGACCUCAUCGGCUACAUCCGUCCCAAGGUGGGCCUCCCGCAGGCGGCCGCCCAGCGCUGCGCAGCCCAGCUGGCUUCCGCCCUGGAGCACAUCCACUCCCUUGGGCUGGUGUACCGGGACCUCAAGCCCGAGAACGUGCUGGUGUGCGACCCCGACUGCCGGCAGGUCAAGCUGGCGGACUUCGGCCACACGCGGCCGCGGGGGACCCUGCUGCGCCUGGCCGGGGCCCCCAUCCCCUACACGGCCCCCGAGCUCUGUGCGCCCCCGCCCCUCCCCGAGGGGCUGCCCAUCCAGCCCGCCCUGGACGCCUGGGCACUGGGUGUCCUGCUCUUCUGCCUUCUCACCGGCUACUUCCCCUGGGACCAGCCCCUGGCCGAGACCGACCCCUUCUACGAGGACUUCGUCGUCUGGCAGGCCUCGGGUCAGCCCGACCACCGGCCUCGGCCCUGGUUUGGCCUGACGCCCACGGCCGACACCCUGCUGUUGGGGCUGCUGGAGCCCCAGCCGCGGAGGAGGAGCCCCGUGAGUUCCGUCCGGGGCUUCCUGGGGCGGCCCUGGAGGCAGCGGGAGGGGGAGGCUGAGGAGGUGUACCCGGGGGAGGACGAAGACUCAGGGUGA